AUGUCCCAAUUGGCCUCGAGAAAUGAUGGGUUGCUGGGUGACUCGUCCAAGAGAACCAAGACGCACCUCGCCUGUGAUCCGUGUCGCCGACGGAAAUCCAAAUGUGACGGCACCCGCCCUUCCUGCCGGCGUUGCGUAGACGCAGGGCUCAGUUGCCACUACCGUGACACUCAAAAUAGCCUUGAAAACGAGGCCUCAAUCCGAGCUACGUUGGCUGGGUUGGAAUCUCGUUUAGAGUCCCUCGAGUCUGCCGGUCGCUCCAUAACACUCCAUUCGCCAGAGCCCGAAGACCGUGUCACCUCCGAAGACGACGUGCUCAGCCUGCCCGCCUUUCACCAUGGUGCCGGCCACAAGAUCCUGCAGUAUUGGUCUCGUUUACGAGUGCGACUGUCGAUCCCGGGCGUGGCGGUCCUGGAGUAUCUGAAGGCCGCUGACAGAGACGAUUUUGUGCUUGCUGACGCCCUCUCUUCCGACCAGUUGGAAGUUCGAGUUGCCCUAUCUGUGCUGAGAGACCUGGCCGAAGCAUUUUAUAACGAGUUGUCCGCGCUUCCAAUCACCGUGGCGACACUUCUGACGCACUGCGACAUGCUUUCCUUCAGACAGAUCUCAACAUGGCUCAAUGAUGCCAUAACCCAAGAACACGUCCCAGAUUCCUCUUUCAGGCUUCGAGAUCUUCCGGUGGCACAUCUCUUGACAUAUACAAUCGCACUCAGGACGAUGCAUGGUGUACAGACCGAGCCAUUCCCGCCGCACCUCGAUGCAGAAACAUGCUUCAAACUGGCACUUCAAGCCUUGUGGCAAGUACACCUGGAGAAUGACGAGAUAUCCGUACCCUUAAUUUUGUGCUUUGCUCAAAUAUAUCUGCACUUUUUCAACAAACCUUUCCACGCACUGUCCAUGUUGCAGGUCAUAGAUGCAGCUAUCGACAGACUAUUUUUGCACUCAAAUGACUGGAAGCAGGAUUUACCACGCUUGCUCUACGGCCAAGUCUUUUAUUUGCUGCAGAGCGAUAUUCUGAGCGAGAUUGACGGCGUUCCGUCGACAAGAGUUCCCUCUCUUGCUCAGCAUGGAUCAAAAUCCCUUCAGAAUAACAAAAGUCCGAUUUUGGCUAGGUCUUACUCCAGGUCGCCCGGAGACCAGAACAUUGAUCAGAACGCUGAAAUACGUCCGACCCCUGUUUCGUCUUUUGAAAUAUCCCAAGCACAGCACGACACGGACCUACUCUUCUCGGCCAAUCUUUGGCUCAGGGCCUGCCUGAACCGAAUCCUUAGCAAAAUGUUCACCACUAGUCAAGCAUACUGUCGCCCGGAUGAAGUUGGGUCAGUGAUUAGCCAGAUCACCUCUGAGUUAGAUAGCUGGUACCAGUCGUUGCCUUUAGCUCUGCAUUUCAGUCGAAAUCUGAGGACGUACCGGACUCUCAUGCCGGCUAGAUCCCUCCGCAUAAGAGAGAUAUCUGUACGCUAUCACGUCUGCGUGUUCGUUCUCAAUCGGCCGGUCCUCUACUGGGUGCUUUACCAAGACAUUGAGAACUCCAACUACCCUGGUAUCGCCGACGGGGCAGAAAGAAAUCUGGUUGCUUGGGUCCUGAAUUCCUGUUACGCGUGUAUUGAGAGCGCCAAACUGAUCGUCUUCAACCUCACACAGUCGAACGUCGGCCAGGUCGGUACGUUCGAAACUCCAGUGCUGAGCUGGCACGAGGCACAACUGUUGAUAGGGGCAUAUGCGGUGUUAUUGUCAGUUCAGACAGCUUCACAAUUUUCAGCGCAGUUCCGUGAGCAGCAAGAGAUCGAUAUGGUUCUUGAUAUGGCAGAAAGCGCCAUGGCAUGCGCAGCGCCUUUAUCGCUUGCCUUUGUGCGGAGCCUGGAGUUGUUGACGAAUAUUCGUCAGGGUUUUCAAUCGCCGAUAGCCUCCUGUUAG